AUGGGGUUUAUAUUGAUCAAUACGAGCCCCCACAUUUGCAAGUCCGAAGUUGACCCAGAAGUCUGCAAUCUCAUUCUCAUGGACGGCUGCAUCGACUGGCUGGUGGAUCUCAAAAGGUACAUGGCUCUGGCUGGCGAGCCCGUCCGAGUGAAAUGCGCUCUUUUCUACAGCUACAUCCGGACUAACUACAGCAUGGCUCAAAGCACAGGCCUCCGGCUCAUGUGGUACAGGAACAAGGGCGACUUGGAAGAGCCCAUCAUCUUCUCCGAAGUUCGAAUGAGCAAAGACGAAGACUCGAUUUGGUUCCAUGCAGCGGAGGUUCAAGACAGCGGGUUCUACACUUGUGUGUUAAGAAACUCAACGUAUUGCAUGAAGGUGUCAAUGUCCUUGACCGUUGCGGAGAAUGAAUCGGGGCUUUGCUACAACAGCACAAUUCGCUACUUAGAGAAAUCAGAGAUCACUAGGACAAAGAUCAUCUCCUGCCCAGACAUAGAGGAUUAUAAAACAGGGAACCAAGAACCAGAAGUCAUAUGGUACAAGAACUGCAACCUAUCCAGUGGCAUCCGCACUUUGAUCCAGACACAACAGAAGGAAAGAGAUGGAAUCAAAGACAUUUCCAUCAACACCGCCAAGAAACUAGAUCCAUAA